GCGCCAAAAAACAUGGCGGAUUUACUCAUCUCGUCCUACUUCUCACGAUAAUUUAGUGUUCAGCGCCAUCCUGCGGGGAAAUUUAUAAGCGUUUUUGGUCUCCAUAGCUCUUUGUGUAUUUUCUCCGGUGCCGAUUUUGAGGUUCCAAUCAUGGGGAAAAUUAUGAAGUCUGGCAAAGUCGUGCUCGUCCUGACAGGGCGGUACGCUGGUAAAAAAGCCAUCGUGAUGAAGAACUUUGACGACGGCAUCGCAGACAAGCCCUACGGUUGCGCCCUGAUUGCGGGUAUCGAAAGGUACCCCAGAAAAGUGACCAAGAACAUGUCAAAAGCCAAGCUGCACAAAAGAUCGAAGGUCAAGGCUUUUGUCAGGGUAUACAACCACAACCAUCUCAUGCCUACCAGAUACACAGUAGGAGAUGUUACUUUGGACAAGGUGACGCCAAAGGACUUGAAGGACCCCAUGAAGAGGAAGAAGGCGAAAUUCCAGGCCAAGCAAAAAUUCGAAGAAAGAUACAAGGCGGGCAAAAAUAAGUGGUUCUUCCAAAAGCUCCGAUUCUAAUCUUUUCUUUGUACUGGUUAAAAAUAAAAUUAAGAAAAAAAUACAA